UCACGUUAACUGUAAAGGCUUUUAAAAACACAAACCGAGCUCACUCUUUGUGAACGCUUCCUUUUCGUUGUCAACAGCGAGUAAGAGGGUACAGCAGUAAGCAGUGCUGAAGGCAACCGGAAAACAAUUAUCACAACAAACAUUAUUUGCUUUCUGUUGUUAUUGCGUGCUACUGGGGUGAGGUAGCUAAAGUUUUCUGGGGUUGUCUUGCUUUCACAGUUACGGUGCUAACGUUAGCUUGUCAUUGGUUCAGGGAUAUCCACACAGCAUGCACUCUGGGUCGCCAGUUUUUCUGACUUACUGCCAAGUACACCAUAUAUGACUAAGCUUUGAAGGCAGAUGUGGACUGGGUGAAACUCCUGCUGUCAAUCCACACUACAUCCAUGUGUAUAAUUUUCUUCAAGUUUGACCCCCGGCCUGCAUCCAAAAAUGCCUACAGGCUGAUUUUGGCUGCAAACAGAGAUGAGUUGUACAACAGACCAUCCAAAGCUGCAGACUUCUGGGGGAGCAACAGUGAGAUCCUCAGCGGCCUGGACCUGGAAAAUGGAAAGGAAGGGGGAUCAUGGCUGGGGAUCAGCAAGAGGGGCAAGUUGGCUGCCAUCACCAACUACAUGGAGGGACGUCCUAACCCCGAUGCACAAGGAAGAGGAUUUCUAGUGUCCAAUUACCUUAUGGAGAAGGAUAUAGACAGCUUCUCCUACCUGAAGAAGGUGUCAGCAGAAGGCCACCUGUACAAUGGAUUCAACCUCAUCACAGCAGAAUUCAGAGCCAAACAAGACAUUGUGUGUUACUAUGGAAACAGAGGCAGUCCUGAACCCAUCCUUCUAAAUCCAGGAAUCUAUGGCUUGAGUAAUUCGCUGCUGGAUACUCCGUGGAAGAAACUUCUGCAGGGCAAGCAUCACUUCACCAGUGUCGUCAAUGACCGGUCGCUGUCCAGCGAUGGACUGGUGCAGGAGUUGCUUAACGUCCUCAAUAAUGAGGAACUGAACACACCUGAUCCACUUCAAGAGAGCCAGGGUGAUGGUUACACCGCGCCAACAGUCCAGGCCUUGUCAGCCAUUUGUGUUCGCACCCCUCAUUAUGGAACAAGGACCAACACGAUAAUCCUGAUCGACGCAGAAGAGAACGUGACCUUCACAGAGCGCACGAUGCUCAACGGUGUCACAAGCAAAUGGAGCACCAGUUCUUUCCAGUUUAAACUGCUGGCAUGAAGACGCGAUGAAGAAAGCCCACUCUGUGCCUUUCCACAUCACCUUACCUUUAAUCACACGCGAUCUCCCUCCUUCGGCUGCUACUUUACCUCAGCAGCUACGUGACCACGAAGACUCGUUCUCACUUUCUCAGCUAGACACUAGCUGCCUCAUACACAUCAAUGAUAGUGUAUUUCUUAUUGAUUUAAGUUAAAAAUGCAAUGUUUGAAAAUGUGCUCUAAUUUAAGGAGAUUGCCAAAGACAUUUAUUAUUCUCUAGGGGAACCUACACGUACAAAACAGUGGGGUUGGAUUGCUUGAAAAAUUCUCAUCUAGUACAGUUUGUUGGUAACCAUAAGAUCAUUGUGAUGCAAUCUAAUUUAUUCUUGCUGGAGUCAGAUUUUUACCUUUAAAACCUUGAUAUGGAGUGGAUGUAGAAUUUAUGCACAUUUUCCUAUCAGAAUUCAUGGGGUCACCAGUAUUUCUCAAGAAAACGUGUAAUCUGAUGGCAGUUUCUGAACACUUUAAGGCUGUUGUUGGUAAUUAGGUAGUAAUACUUCAAAGCUAAACAACAGUAGCUUCAGAUUUGGUUACUGGCUCUCUUCUUCCAUGGUAGAACAUGCCAUUUACAGCUACUUGACAAUAAAAACUAAUGUAUCAAAA